AUGGAUCAGGACAAACAACCCGCCGUCGCAGCGCCGGCUUCUGAGACCGAAUACUUCCACCAGGUGGCAGUGCAGCAUGACAGGCUGAAGCGCGGCCUCUCUGCCCGCCAGGUCCAGAUGAUCGCUAUUGGGGGAACGAUCGGGACAGGCUUAUUCCUAGGAACUGGCAAAGCGCUUGCGACUGGCGGUCCGGCGUCGAUGCUCAUCGCAUACGCGAUCUCUGGCGGAAUCGUCUUUCUGACGAUGCUGAGUCUUGGUGAAAUGGCGGCGUUUAUACCUGUCGCUGGGAGUUUCUGUACUUUUGCCGGUCGCUUUGUGGAUGAUGCGUUUGGAUUCGCCUUAACGUGGAACUACUGGUUCAACGACGCGGUAUCUACGGCGUCCGAUUUGGUUGCGCUGCAGAUUGUGCUGCAGUACUGGACCGAAUCGGACAACUUCCCCGGCUGGGCGUUCAGUCUGAUCUUCUGGGCUGUGCUGAUUGGGCUGAACUUGUUCGCCGUAAAAGUUUAUGGCGAGGUCUUCAUCGUCUUAGGAAUCGUGGUCAACUGCGGCGGAAACGAAUCUGGCCGCUAUAUCGGCGGCGAGAAUUGGCAUAUUCCAGAUGCGCCGUUCGUUGGAGGGAUCGGGGGGUUCGCUUCUGUCUUUGUAACGGCAGCGUUUGCCUACGGCGGCACAGAAUCCAUCGCCAUCACCGCAGGAGAAACCAAGGACCCAGCGCGGACUAUUCCAAAAGUCGUUCUCAAUGUCUUCUGGCGGAUUCUCAUAUUCUACAUCCUCUCCUCCCUGAUCAUCGGCCUCAACAUUCCCCACAACUAUCCCUCGCUCAACGACGGCACGGUUAAAACGUCUCCCUUCACGCUCGUCUUCGAAAUGACGGGCACAAAGGCCGCCGGGAGCGUCAUGAACGCCGUGAUCCUCACUUCUGUUUUGUCUGCCGGUAACCACGCGCUCUUCGCGGGCGUCCGGCUUCUGUACACACUCUCUGUUGCUGGGCACGCGCCGGGCUUCUUUGGGAAGCUGAAUCGGAACCAUGUGCCAUGGAUUGCUGUUCUAGCUACCGGGGCCGUGAGUGGGCUAUGCUUUGGCUCGAGUAAGAUCGGAGCUGGGCAGCUCUGGACUUGGUUGCAGAAGUACGCUCCCAUUCCCUCGCAUUCAUGCUACACAAGGUAUACUGACAAACCACUGCCUCAGCAUCGUCGGCGUCUCCAAUCAACUCUCAUGGAUCUCUAUCGGUAUAACCAGCAUCAGGUUCCGCGCCGCACUGAAACAGCAAAACAAGACACACCUGCUGCCGUUUCGCAACUUCACGUACCCGUCAUCGUGCUUGUACAGGGGUGGAGCUGUUUUAGCCCGACAUUUGACGGUGUUAGUUUCGUGAGCUUUUAUCUCGAGUUGCCGAUUAUGCUGGGCAUGUUUAUCGUUUGGAAGGUCUGGAAGAGGACGACGUUUGUGAACUCGAGGGAGGUCGAUCUGGUUACGGAUACAUAUACAAUCAAUGACCUUGGCGACGGAGAGGGGAAGAAGAAAGGGUGGAAGGGGAUCGUUGAGUGGAUUGCUUAG